GUCGUGGGACUCAUCUUCCAAACCUGUUUUCCGUCUUGCUCAAAGAUGCUUUCCCCAGCGUUCGUGGUGCUCCUGUUGGUCGCUUCUGUCUUCGCUCACCGAAGUGUAGACGUGAAUCUCCUCGUCCAAAACCAGCAAGUGCCACUCGACGGGCCCACGGUUACAAUAGGCGACUUCGUGAUCCCAGCUGUACCGGAAUCCCUUUUCCUCGAGAGGCAAAAGAAUAUCCCGAGGUUCAGUCUGCUCGGCUCGAGCCAGAUAAGCGAGAGAACCGACUCUCUUGGCUCGUGGGUGCGUGACAUAAACGGGAAUUUCGGACGAAGACCUGUGUGCAAGAGGCACGCUUGUCACACCUUCGGCUUAGAUCUUCAGAGGCAUUGCUGCGAGCUCACAGGAGUUUGCUGCCCUCACCCCCACUUGUAUCAUCAUCGUCAUCACCGCGACUUGCGAGUUGGCAACCCAUAGUAGCCGUCGACCGAUAUGACCAGAGCGCAGAUAUCGAUAUGUACCUUAUAAGAAAACUAUAAUAUAAUUCCACGAUCUUGAUCAUACUCGUCAACCGAGUAGCGCACCGUAAUGAAGAACGGCGAGAGUGUGUAGAACCGAUGAAUGUUUGAUAUAAUAUACCGUA